CUGUGGCGCUGAUCUUCCAUCGCUGGGGCUCACGUACGGAUUGGUUUAUUUAAGGUACCGCGAAACACACAGUUGCUGAUGAAUUGGUUUGGAUUUGGCUUCAACGCCUUUGGGCAAAUACGAGCGAAUGAAAAGUUGACUGAUGGUGAAAGUGCCGCAGAUGCCAACGUGACUAACCCAAUAUGUAUCGAUAUUCUUUGUCGGAAUUUGGAAGAGGAGCCUGUCCAAAUCUGUCAACAUAGUAGCCAUGUUGAUACGCGGAUCAGGACGAGUUGGAGUCGAAGAGCAGCUCUGCAUUCAAAUAGUGAGUAACGUUACAGAGUACUCAACUUUAUCAUCCCUUACGAAAAAAUAUUGCAGUUAAGAGUUUAGUACAACUGCAGUAAGCUGCAAAUACUGCGUCCAAAAUACGUUUUUUUUACUGCAGUAAUUUUGCAGUGUAACUGCAGUUAGAGUGCAGUAUAACUGCAUAUUCUGCAACAAAAAUGCCACAGUCGACAUCAGUUACAAAACUGCAAUCUUUUUUUUGUAAGGGAUGCCUUCUCGUGAUUGGAACUCUGCAAGUAUGUGCAGUCAAUGCAGACCGCUCAACCAGAGACCGCAGUUUAACGGUGAUAACUGUAUUAAAGUUUCCACAGCAUAAACAAAUCAAUGAAGUUGCAUCCAUGUACCUCAAUUCGCCAACCUAUAUGGACAGUUUCAAAGUUUCCACUUAGCUGUAUCGUUUCUUUACGUUUCAGAUGAUGGAAGGCUGUGUCUGGCAGGUUUUGGAGUAGGGAUCCCCAGUCAGAGAGGGUGUGGCGGCUGUGUAGAGGAAAGCCGAGGGUGCCAGGAUGCACAUAUCAGCGAGGGAUAUCUGGCCCUGUCUUUCACAGACAGAGUAGAGUGCUGGAACUCUGAGCGAAAUGAGAAGAAACCAGGGUGGAGUAUGGAGAUUCCAGACAAUACUGGUAUUGAUUCAUACUGACUGGAGCUGUAGGUUGAACAGCAGCAUAGUUGGUACCACCCACAACCCCUAGAAUUAAGUAAAUAUUGUUAUUUCCCCCACUCAGGUCCAUGUACAGUACAGGUGUGUGGCAAAUAUAAUGAAGCUCUAAUCAAUAGUUGAAUUUCAAUAAUGUUGUAACCAUAAUGUAUUCUUGUGUGUUUUGUAGGGCCCUCACUUGCAUUCCCAUUAGUUCCAGGAGGGUACAUAGCUUCCAACCCUCCCUUUUACCGCCCACUUUCCCCACAACUACUGGCUGUUAGCCUGGCACUGGGCACAGAGCACGCAGUCCUCCUCACUGCCUCUGGAGACAUCUAUACCUGGGGCUCUGGCAGGUAGACAACAAAUGUCAUGUUUAGUAAUGGAAUUAACAAAUACUGUACAACAGUUUAGUCAAUAGGCAUUUUUUCAGCACAGCUUUCAUAGGUUACUGAUGUAUUAUUUUGGGCACAUCAGACAUGGCAGAAUGAACACAACAGCGUAUUAAAUAAAUGUUCUGAAAACCUUGCACCCUGGUGUUGUUGGCAGCCAUGGGCAGCUGGGACAUGGGGACCUGAGCCCGCAGGAGGAGCCCAGAGCAAUGGAGGCACUAUUGGGGAUGCCCAUGAGCACUGUGGCCGCCGGGGGUUGGCACUCUGUCUGCACCAGUGGUAAGAGGGACUGACUGGGAUGGAACAUACAAAAGAAUGAUACAAAGUAGAGUGAUUGCAUUACAUUAGUCAGUCAAUGUGAUCACUAGUCUGGUCCACAGCUGGGGGAGACCUGUACGUGUGGGGCUGGAAUGAGAGUGGCCAGUUGGGACUGCCAUCACGAGCCCUAAGAGGAGAGCAGCAGAAGAGCCAGGGCACAGGUCUGCCUGUCUGAAAUCUGUAUUGUAUUUUGGGAGGGCAGAUCCACCAGCUCAGCUUGUUUUAAUAUUCAGUGUUCAUGCAGGCAAAUGGAUGAUACUUACAUAAACCCCAAAUUGGCUGCGUUGCAAAACACCUACAUUGAGGUUCUGGACAGGCGUAGAUAUAGAACAUAAUAUUGAUAUAUUGUCUAUCUGGACUGCUGUAUGUUGUUUAGGUGGUGCCAGCACAUGUAAAGAUCAAGAGGAGGGCAGCAACGAAGUGUUCAUAUCAAUCCAGGCCUUCCCAGCCCUGGUGGAUGUCACUCAGUCAUGUGAGGUCAGCAAGAUCAGCUGUGGGUCGCGCCACACUGCGGCAGUCACAAGUAAGAGCCUUUCACACAAGCUGCUGCAAACUGCUAAUUCAGAGAGAUGAGUUUUUUUCUAUUUAUUUUCCAGGUACAGGUGAUCUCUACACUUGGGGCUGGGGUAAGCUUUAAAUGUCAAAUGUCACCUAUUCUAGUCUAGGUGGCUUUGAGUAGGCCUGUGUAUUGCAUAAAUAGACCUUAUGUAUUUCACUUAGGAAUUCAUAUCAAUGAAUGGAUAGACAUGGCCUUUUCUCAUGCACGGCUACAAGCUUUGCAUUUGCCAACGUUUCAGGUGAAUACGGCCAGCUGGGACAGGGGACUGUGAGCAGUUCAGACGAGCCAAGACGGGUAGAGUUUUUCAAGGACCAAGGGCUGCGUGUAGUGGAUGUAGUGUGUGGGCCAUGGAACACUUUUGUUUCUGCUAUCAAAAAGGACCCCUCUCUCCAUCCUGACACAAAUAUCCUUUAUCCUCUGUAACCAAGGACUACAUUGAAUGGAAAAACUGUCUGUAGGAGUUGAGCACUAAGGACGGUACACAGAUUGAUUGAUUAGCUGUUUAUUUUUUCAGACAAAUAAAGUAAAGUCAGUGACUAAGACUUGAUUACUUUUAUUCUAGCUAUUUAUAGAUUUAAAAAAGUUUUACAGUUAAGAGCUGUUAUUGCACUGACAUUGUUAAAAUACAUUUUCAAACAGAUAUAGAAAAUAUUAAUCUACAGCCAAAUAUAAUUUAGGCCGUGGAUCAGACUUUUCCCAGACCUUCUUUCCCCUGGAAAAAUUCUCUACUUUACGCACAGUCUCUGAUCUACUCAUAGAGAACAGGCUACUUUGAUCAAAGCUGAUUCAAUGUCUGCAAGAUCACAAUGAUAGUAUUCUACAAAACAGAACCGAAUAUAAUAGUUUAACAUUACUGUAAGACAAAAAACACCAUCACAUUUUUCCUCAUGUGGCCACUAGGCAAAAACACAGGUAGCCUAAGCUAUGCUACAGUUGAACAUAAUCUGCUCUAAAAUUAGCUCACUUGCCCAUCAUUCGAAACAACACUAACUCAAGAAGAUCUAAAUGCAUAUCCCAUUAAACUGAUUUGAGAUCAAAUGGUUGGUAUGCAGAUGCUGCAUGGACGUUUC